AAUUUUUGAAUUUUGCAGAUCGAGAGAGCCAGUAUGGCGACGACACUUGCAGGAACAAAACAAGGAAUGGGAAAUGUUUUGUGUAAUAUGUCAUAAUUUGAUUAUGUGGCAUGAAUUCGUCCGCUGUCCUGGUAUCCUUAUGCGUUAUUCGCAUCGAGAUUUGUGAUCCGGAAUUGGAAGAGACUACUAGUGAGCGUACUAUGGCUGCAAGAAAAAUGAGAGGUUGCAGAGAAUCGAGGGAUAUCAGUGUGGAAACUUAUACAAAUGUAACAGAAAAUACAUCCCCAUUGUUAUCAAGUCAAAGCACAAGCAAGUCGCACUCAUCCUCAAGAUCUAAUUCUGAGGAGGCAACAUUUGGAAAUUCUAAUCAUGCUGCUGGUCCGGGAGAAAUUAAUUGCGCUACUUCCAGCACUUCCCCGGAUCAAAUAAGUUUUAUCUCUGGAAAUCCCUUUGUCGAAGUUACAAAAGGCAUUCUUCACCUUUUUAAGGAAGAUGAGCUGACUGAGAUGCACCGUGCUGCGGAUCGCAGUCACACCAUCUGUAUUCUCUCAGUACCAGCGACAAUGACUUGCCAUGACCUUCUAACUUUCACAGCAGCUUGUCAUCAGAACAUACAACAUUUUAGAAUCCUUAGAGAUGGCAGUCCUAAUCAAUACAUGGCUCUCAUUACUUUUAGAUCAUCAAGUGCAGCAAGUGAGUUCUAUGAAACCUUCAAUGGCGCUCCUUACAAUUCCCUGGAACCAGAGGUGGUUUGCCACAUGGUAUUUGUGUCUAGAGUCGAAGUAGGAGAUAAUGGAUUGCCCCUAAGUGGCCACACAGAAUUACCAUCGUGUCCUGUUUGUCUGGAAAGGAUGGAUGAGAGCGUGGACGGAAUUCUCACAAUAUUGUGCAAUCAUACCUUCCAUUCCAGCUGUCUAGUAAAAUGGGGCGACACAUCCUGUCCGAUUUGUCGAUACGCACAAACGCCUGAACCAUUGGCUGAUAGCCAUUGCAUGGAAUGUGUUGCAGGUGCCAGCAAUGACGCCUUGUGGAUUUGUUUGAUUUGCGGCCACGUGGGUUGCUCGCGUUAUCAUCAGGGUCAUGCGUUUGAACAUUAUCGCGAUACACACCAUUGCUAUGCGAUGCAACUGGGUAAUAAUCGCGUCUGGGAUUACGUAGGUGACAAUUUUGUGCACCGACUGCUGCAGGACAAAGAUGGCAAAAUGGUGGAGGGUGGUCAUUCCGCAGCCAAGAGCGAGGGUGCUGCUGUAGAGGAGAAGGUUGAUUCUGUGCAGCUGGAGUUUACAUAUUUAUUAACAUCGCAGUUGGAAACACAACGGCAAUACUUUGAAGAGAGGCUGAGUCGUUCGGAACAACGUUACAUGGCGGAUAUUAGCGAGCUGAGGGAUAAGUUGGGGGAGGUGCUCGAGGAAAACUCGCAGUUCAAGAAGCAAUUUGCGACGCUCAAUCGCGACAAGCAGACACUGGAGAAGCGUUUACAGCACUCCACUAACAAGUUAACGCAAGUACAAGCGGAAUUAACCGAAGAGAAAGACCUGAGAAAAGCUCUGCAACUGAAUCAGACUUCGUGGCAAACAAAGUACAAGAAAUUGCAGGAUGAAUUUUCUGAAUUAAAAGUGACUAAGGAAGCCGAGCUCACUGAUUUGAAGGAACAAAUCCGAGAUCUCAUGUUCUUCCUCGAUGCUCAGAAACAGAUCGAGGAGUCCGCCGAUCGAGAUGAAAUAGCUGCCGGUCGUAUUGUCAUUCCUCCGAGUUCUAAAAAUGGGAAAUCGUCAGGAUCUCGAGGGCACAAAGGUCACAAGAGGCAUUAAAAUUGUUGGCGAUUGUUGAAAGCUUAAAUUUUAUAUUCUUUCUGCUUAGAGUCUAAACUUUUUCACUUAGGUUUGAGAAUUCUUUUGACCUGCAAGAGAAAAAUGUGGAAAACAAUAUAUUUUAAAUGUCAAUUACAAAACUUUAUAAUGUUACAAAACGUUAUAAAGGAAAUUAUAAGUUAUUAGACAAAUUGAGAAAUUAUGAACUUUGUCUACACUGUAUGUCACUAAAUUAAAUUAAUUUUUAGCAUG